AUGAACAACUCCACGACAAGCGUAUUCCAGAGAUACCAGAGUAGAGCGGAAUUGUUGCAAGAGUUUGCCCCAGCUGGACCUGCUAUUGAGCGAAUAAUAUGCCCAAUAUGGUACACCAUUGGCUUUAUCGGAAACCCCAUUUCGGCAUUCGUUUGGCUGGGACAACGCAUGCGACGGAAUAACUCUUCAGCCGUUUACUUGGGAGCUCUGUCUCUCUCAGACUUGUUAUUUAUCUUCCUCCACCUUCUGUUUUUCUUGCAUACGUCAUGGGGUUUAGAUAUCUACAACGAUUACGUCAGUUGUGAAAUUUUCCACUUUUUAUACUAUGUACCCCAGUAUUUGUCCACCUUUCUAGUGCUGGGAUUCACGGCGGAACGCUACGUGGCAGUGUGUCACCCCUUCUUCAAAGAAAAACUGUGUACGGUACAACGAGCCUUUAUCAUCGUGCUAUGCCUUACUUUCUUCUCCAUCCUGUUAUCGUCAGUUCAGAUCUAUAUUUGGACAUACAGUGAUGCUGAAGGGACAUGUAACAUACGACCCGAAGCAGGGGCAAACGAUGACACAAGUUUCUGGAAUAUUUGGGGUUGGGUAACAGACAUCCUGGCGUUUGUUCUAGUGCCCCUUAUCGUUCUUGUCAUCAACGUUUUGGUGCUGAGAGAAAUAUUCAGAAUUUCAAAGAAUGACGUUAUGAGACGACAGAACAGUCGAAGCGGUAACAACGCAGCGUCAACGGUGACGCUUCUGGCGGUGUCAUUUUAUCUAAUCGUCACACAAAUCAGCGCCACUGUCGUGGCCUGUCUUCAGCAAGCUUUUCCUACCGGUGAUAUAUUUAUGACAGAUGACGAAAUUCGAAACGACAAAACCUGGUCGAACGUGUUCACCUAUAUGGAAGUUCGUAGGAUAAUAGAAGUGGUCUGCUUGUCUCACUACGCCUGUUAUUUUCUCAUUUACUGUUUGACUGGAAAACAUUUUAGAAAACAGGCUAUUUACCUUAUCACAUUUCGAGGACGGGUUUCCUGUCUCUCUAGCCUGGUCUCGAAGAAACACAGGAAGGAACAAUACUCCAUGGUAUCCACGAACAACGGACACAACUCAGAGACUUGCGUGACGUCGUUCUCCACCACAAUCUGA